GCCCAGCAGCGUGUCCCAGCAGAGCGGAUCACUAUGUCCUGGGAAGGAGAUCAACUGGACGAUCAGCGCUGAGGUAAAACGGAUCGAUCGCUGGAUCUCCCGGAUCCCUUCUCUGUGGGCUGCAGUCUGUGUCCCGGGCAGAGCCCCAGUCCCAGGAAGUGACUGCAAACCAUUCCUGAAAAACAAUACAGUCCAUUCAAUUGGAGGAAGCGGGCUCCAACUGUGGACAAAGCAAAUCUUCUGUGAUAGUGGGUGACAUGCCUUUUCAGACUGUAACUCUUCAAUGGCAGAAAUUAAGAACAGAAGAUAAAACAUUGGAUCUUGAUCGCCUAUCCGGAAUGAAGCUAUGUGCAUCGUUCAAGAAACUCUGUAAAGUCUUUUCUGUCAUUUUUGCUACUUUCUCCCUGGUCUACUUGAUAUACAUUAUCGUGUUUGUAAAAGUUGGUUUGCCUAAUGGUUCCUUCACCUUCACCCUCCUCAAAUCAACAACGUCAAAAUAUCCAGUAUGUAAGCCCAACUUAAUGAAAGAUACCAUUGUCAAAGUCAAAAACAGUAAAACCUUCCUUGUAUCGGCCUACUUGGACUUUCGUUCUAGCAGGAUUGUCCGGAUUUUGGGCAUAACCUAUCGAAAUGAACCCGAUUCUUUGCUGUGUGACUUUUGUCAAAUUUACACAAAUAUCUGCAUUUUGGCAGAGCAUCAAGUCCACACUGACCAUUUUGAUUUUCCUUAUGGUACAACAGAUCUUCUAUGCAACGUUCAGGGCAACGUAGCCCCUGAAUACGUAUCUCUGUACCCAAAGGACAACCCUGAACCUGUAUUCCUUAAAAUACAAAACAUUGAUGAACAGUUUAAUGUAUUAGAGCCUGAUUUCCAGUAUAACUUUAUUAUUUGCAUCUCAGCCAUGUUUGGUGCCUACAGCAAUGAACUUCAGUUUAUUCAGUCAAUGGAGAUGUACCGCAUGUUGGGUGCCCAAAAAGUGAUUAUUUACCACACUGAAUCUAGUCUACAUAUGCAGAAAAUUCUGUCUUAUUACAUAGACUUGAACUUUGUAGAACUUAUUCCUUGGCCUAUUACCUCUUUCAUAAAUGUCUCCAAGGGUUGGCACUACCCAGAUCAUCCCGGAGAUCUCCAUUACUUUGGUCAGACCGCAGCUUUGAACGACUGCAUUUAUCGCAACAUGUACAGGAGUAAGUAUAUAGCUCUUAAUGACAUCGAUGAGCUGAUCAUCCCAAUAGUCCACAAAGACUGGCCAGAAAUGUUGGACUAUCUUCUCAGUAUCGACCCUACCUUCAACGUGUUUAUCUUCGAAAACCAUCUCUUUCCGACCACUUCUCAAGAUAAGACUAACCAGAAGACACCAGAAGACUGGAUCUCUGUCCCAGGAGUUAACAUCCUCCACCAUAUAUACCGGGAACCCAACCGGCCUGACGAGAUCAAUCCUACGAAGAUGAUCGUAAAUCCCAGGAGCAUUGUGCAAGUAUCGGUCCAUGUUCCACUUGAGUAUACAGGUAGUGAGUACAAAGUUCCCAGUGACAUUGCCAAACUUUGCCAUUACCGAGAACCCAAGCAAAAAGAGCUCGACCAGAGUUUCCUGAUUGAAGACAACAUUUUAGCAAAAUAUGAAGCCAGUUUGAUAGAAAAAGUUAACAGGGUAUUGAAUGAGGUUGACUACAUAAAAAAGGAGCCUUCAGUCAGGCCAGAUCCUUAGGUGCAAUCACUUAGCAGCUGACAGUUUGUCAGGGAAGUGGCUGAAUGGACUUUAGUUACGACCAUCUUUCUAAUCCAGAAAUGAGUUUUCUCAACUUUUCAUGGAAGCAUAUUACUUCCAGGGGGUAACCAUUAGCUCAAGAGAUAGAAAGAAUAAGAAAUCUGAGGUAUGAUGGACAUCACAUUCAGAAUGAGAAAACGGGUUGUCUAGGGAUAGACGUUGGGGACAUCUCUUUGGUACAUGCCACCAAUAAUUGAUUGGCUAGACCCCCUCUGCUCGCUAGAAUGAAGUGUCAGUGUCGCUGUGUAGGCGUAGUGCCAAUUUGCCUCCUGUUGGCUCCGCUCAACUUUCUUCACAAGCCACAUGGUUGGCCAGUGACUAUAACGGGCCGACCAUACUGUACCCUUAGAAAGCCAGGACAAUGGAGGAAUUGCGGCUUUUCUUCUCCUUUGCACUGAAACGAUAGGACUGUAUUCUACGCUGUCUGCACAGCAAGGAUGAACUGUGGAUAUUGAUUAUUUAAUAAUUACUGUUUCACAAGGGAAUAAAACAAUCUUAAUGCAUUUCCUAAGUGCUGCCUAAGCCAAGACAGACAAUAUUCACGAGAUAACUUCCAGCCAUAUUGUAAGAGAAUUUAUUGAUCCUGAACCGGGGACUUUAUGUUCACAUCUCUUCUUUUUUUUUUUUUAAGUGAUAUGAAACAAACCAAAAAUUAUUUUGUACCAAAGAGUCCAGAAGUGUGACAGGAGGGAAAGAGUUAAUAAAAGAAGGAUCAUUUUA